AUGUCAGCUUCAGAAUCCUGGAGAUGUCUGAAUUAUUGUAUUCGAUUAACUAAAACAUAUGAAAAUAAAGAUCCAAAAUUGACUCGGGUAUUAAAUGAUAUAAGGGACGAAACUUUAUCUCAUAAAACUAAUAAUAUUAUCAAAAAUUUGCAGAAAACUCCUAAAUAUCCUAACGAUGAUAUUAAAGUUUCAGAAUUAUUAUCAGAUAGUGGUAAAGUAAAUUCAAUAAAUAAUAAAAGACUAAGAAUGAUUCAAAACAAAUUAUAUGAAUAUACAGCAGUAGACAAUGUGUUGGGAGAUGAUAAUGAUCGACAUAUAAAAUGUUUUAAAUGGACUAUACAAGAUAUUCAAGGAAAUGUGUUGGCUUCACGUCAUCAGCGACAACGAUUAUAUUCUGAUGAAAAAUUACAAAAAUUCCAUGCUUCUUUAAACAUACUUGCAGAUUCAUAA